CUGUCACAUUAUUUUAUUGUGAAUUUUCUGAAACUUUUAAUUCUUACAGUUUCUUUAAUUAAUAAACAAUUUUCUACCAGAUCGACAUGGAGGAUGAUUGGGAAAAAAUUGCAGAUAAUCCGAAAUUAUCUAAAAUAGCUCCUGAUGUGAAUAAGUGGGCAGGAGAAGAUGAAGAAGAUCCAAAAGAUAGCUGGGAGGAUGCUCUAGAAGACGAGAAAAAGGAUGAGGAAAAAGUAGAAAUUCCUGUUAAAGCAAAGAAAACUGCACAGCAAAGAAUAGCAGAAAAAGAAAAGACUAAAAGAGAAUUAGCAGAAAAGCUUAAAAAAGAGGAAGAGGAUGAAGAUACAGCCAAUUUAACACCCGAAGAAAAACUUCGUUUACAAAAACUUCAGGAAGAAGAAUACACAAAGGCAGCUCUCGACACUCUUGGAUUGACAUCAAACGCACCCAUUGAUUCUUUUAAUCCAAACACAAAAGAGGAAUUUGCAGAAUUUGGUGAUGUUCUGUGCAAAAAAAUAACCCAUUUCAAAGCACGGGACGAAUAUGCUCCAUUUUUAGAUGAUUUAGUGAGGAACUUGCUUGCUGGUUUGUCGUCAGUUAAUAUACGCAAGGUGAAAAACACAAUAGAAAAUUUAUACUUAGAGAAACAAAAAAUGGAAAAGGGUGAUAAACAAAAAAAGAAGACAGGCGGUGGAAAAGUUAGAACAAAACUUCGCAUUGAAGUUGAUGAUGACUAUGCAUCAAGAGCUGGAGCAUAUGAAAAUGACGACUAUGAUGAUUUUAUGUGAACUAUUAAUUCAUUAAUGAUAUCGUUGAUUAUAAUUUGAAAAGAAUCUGCAUCAGUGCUGUAUAUAUCUCGCAAAGCUUUUGUUAUAAUGUUUAAUUAUUCAAAAGAAAAAGUUUUUUUCUUAUUAUUUUUUAUUCUUUUCAUAUGGUUCAACUAUAAAAGUAUGUAAAGUUAUUGUUAUAUACAAAAAAUUAUAAUAACACUCGUUCGAAACAUUGAAAAGUGAAAUAAACAUUUGAUUAUGCAGAACACAAACUUAAUAUAUCUUUCCUUUUUUUACAGAAAACAAGCCAUUUAUGGAUUUAAUGAAAAGUCAGACUUUUUUUUUGAAAACUGUACCUUGUAGUUUUUAUGCUUUAUUAUUCAAUUCCUUUCGGCUAAAGAUUUUUUGUUAUUCAAAACGACAAAUUUGCAGUUUCAGAUGACUAUUUAAAAGGAAUUUUGGAUGUUUUCCGUUGAAUAUUGAUGAAUUUUACAUCAGUGUCUUUGUUUCUUGGUGGGUUCGAUUGUUGUGUCGAAUGGAUUAGGAAUCCAACUUUAAAUUUGCUCAAUAUUAUUAUUGGGC